AUGGCCGUAAACGACCGAUACACACCCCGGGAGGACGACGAUCAAGCGUCGGUUAGAUAUAUUGUCGAUUCGAAGGAAGAAAUUGCACUAUCAACACUCGGGCCGGACACUUCAGAUGCAUCGUACAGGCACACCAAGCAUUCCAGUAUUAGACGAUACUUUACCCUAGCCGCGAUAAACGGAACCGUCGUGGUAUUUUUCGCUUUCGCAACCAAACACUUCAUCGAGCAUGAACAAGAUUGCCAAACGAACUGCGGCAUGCAGUGGUGUGAUGGGUACGGAAUGCUGGUGCUUCUGUUGGGCUUUACCUACGCAGGGUUGCUGUACUAUUUGCUGCUGAAACCAAGGCUUGGGGCGAUCGUCAACCGGAAGUUAGCACGUGCAGGAAGUCAUCUACCGCAAACGUUCCGCUCACGACCGGCUAAGUUCGUCGUGAUAGCGGCGGUACUCCUAGGAUUUGGAGUGUUCCUGUAUUUCGAUACGCGGCAGGAUGCGAGCCGAUUGAUGCCGCUCACCGGCAUGGUGGUUAUGUUGGGCUUAUCUGUCCUGGUUUCGAAACACCCGUCGAAGAUCAACUACCGCCCGGUUUUGGUGGGGUUGCUGGUGCAAGCCUUGCUCGGGUUGUUCUGCAUCCGGUGGCACGUGGGACGAAGCAUUUUCGCUUGCAUCGGUGCAAAGGUUGACACAUUUCUGCGCUAUUCAUCCGUGGGGGCCAGCUUCGUGUACGGGGAUGCCCUUAUCAACCAGUACGCCGUGUUCGCGUUCUCCGUCCUGAGCGUCAUCUACUUCUUCAGCUUCUUCAUCUCAGUGCUGUACUACGUCGGUGCGAUGCAGUGGUUCGUGUUGAAGCUGGGUUGGAUCCUGCAGUCCAUCAUGGGUACGACAGUGUGUGAAGGCAUUAUGGCAGCAUCUAACAUUUUUCUCGGCAUGAGCGAGUCUCCUCUGAUGAUCAAACCGUACGUGAAGGAUCUCACUCACUCGGAACUGCACGCCGUAAUGGCGUCUGGAUUUGCGACCGUUUCUGGGACGGUUUUGGCCGCGUACAUCUCGUUUGGCGCCAAUCCAGGACAUUUGAUUACCGCGAGCGUGAUAUCGGCCCCGGCCGUUCUGUGCGUGUCUAAAAUUAUCUACCCCGAGGUGGAGGAAAGCAAAACUACCACCGAAAACAUACAAAUAGAAAAGUCGACCGAUUCGUCCAUGGUGGAUGCUGCGUGUAAUGGAGCAAGUGCGGCCACAUCCUUAAUCCUUGGCAUCAUCGCCAACCUGAUUGCUUUCGUGUCUUUCGUGGCGUUCGUAAAUGGACUCCUUGGAUGGAUGGGAAUGCUGGUUGGAUUCGAGAGUGUUUCGUUGGAGUGGUUUUGUGGGCGCAUUUUCCGUCCACUCGCCUUCGUGAUGGGUGUCUCCUGGAAGGAUAGUGAGCACGUGGGCCAAAUUAUUGGCAUCAAGACGGUGGUGAACGAGUUUGUCGCGUACCAGCAGCUCGGAACGCUCAUACAAAACGGCACCAUAACGGCCCGAUCAGCAACGAUCGCAACGUACGCCAUAUGUGGUUUCGCAAAUCCCAGCUCGCUAGGUAUAAUGAUUGGUGCAUUAAGUGCUAUGGCCCCUGUGAGACGCAGUGCAAUUGCUUCGGUGUCCUUUCGUUCGUUUAUUGCUGGUUCGGUAGCAUGCUUCAUGACUGCUUGUAUUGCCGGAUUGCUAAUCGAUGAUUCGCAAAGCUUUGACACUCGGUCGAUGGGUAUCGUAAGCUCGUCAAAUAUUACUGUUUGAAAGGCAGCCUAAUGUAAAGCAAAUCAAACACAAUUUUGGGAUUUUCCAUGUAUUGUCA